GCCCUUAUAAAGAACAUUUGAAAAGGACUGGCGACCUUCCUCUAUCGACAGACUAUUCUCGAAAGAAAAGACGAGUUGGUGUUGGUGAAUGUAGUACGGGCAAGAGAACGACAUACAAUGAAGAGGUUAUGUCCCCUGAUGCACGUAAUGGACUACCGUUUGAUGAUCUGCAUGAAAAUGAAGAUUAUGUAAAUCAACAGGAACUACUAGACCAUUUAUGUAUUGCAAAUCUUGAUAAUAUUGAUGAUAGUAAUUCAUCGGUUCAAGAAAUUGAUGACAGUGACCAGCAAAGUGAUACAAGCAUAAGCGAUGAUAAUAAUGAUUAUGACAGUAUUGAAGAGCACAAAUCAUCAAGUGUUAGCGAUUUCAAUGAAGGCUCCGAGAAUUUCGAAUCAGAUCAGGAUGAAGAAAAUUUUGAAGAUGAAAAUAUUAAUGUUGAAAAGCGUUGUCCCAAUCAUGACGUACAGUGCCGACAAGUUUUAUAUGAGGGCUGCGAUUUAACAAAAGAAGAAAGUGUACUUCUAAUAAUGAGUGUAGCCUUACGUCAUCAUUUCACUGAUGCAGCAUUACAAUCUUUCAUCCAAACCAUUGAUUGCCAUCUUCCUCGCACAUGUCACGGUUUGAAAUAUCUAUUUUGUAAAUCUGUACCAAAGCAGACUUAUCAUGUAUAUUACUUUUGUCCACAAUGUAUACUUAUUUUACAUGUUGACAAUGACUGCAUUACUGUAAAAUGCGAUAAUUGUUCUGAGCAGUAUAACCCAUCACAGCUCAAAAAAGAUGGAAAAUUUUUAUAUAUAUACCGCUGAAAGAGCAACUAAUCGAGUUAGUUAAUUCUAAGGUUUUUAUGCAAUUUCGACAGGAAAACGAAAAGGAAAGUGACGUUAUCAAUGGUAAAGUGUACCGUAAACUGAAAAGAAAAAAUAUUAUAGGGGAAAAUGACAUUACUAUUCAAUGGAAUACAGAUGGCGUACAACUUUUUAAUUCUUCCCUAUCUUCUUUAUGGCCAAUUUUGGUAACAAUUAAUGAAUUGCCUUAUCGUAUUCGAAAACAACAAAUAUUGCUAACUGGUUUAUGGUUCCAAUCAAGUAAACCUCCAAUGAAUGUUUUUCUCCAACCUUUUCUUGAAGAACUGAUAGAUUUACAUUUUAAUGGCUUUGAAAGCACGACAUUCAUUCACCAAGAACCAAUUCUUAUAAAAGUCCAUACAUUGCUUGCUCCGGUUGAUUCUGUUGCCAGAUCAGCCAUUCAGGGUAUAAAGCAGUAUAAUGGAAAGUAUGGGUGCCCAUAUUGUUAUCAUAAAGGAAAACAAAUUUGUAUAGAACAAAAUAGGCGAAAACGAGUAUACUGUGGCAAUAUAUGUACUUUACGUAAACAGAGCCAUUACGUGCGUCAUGCUGAAAAAAGUCAAGAAAAAAAUAAACCAGUUAAGGGCGUCAAAUGGCCAUCAAUUGUUACACUUAUACCACUGUUUAACGUCAUUUCAUCAUUUCCGCCGGAAUAUUUGCACAGCCUGGCAGAAGGUGUAAUUAAACAAUUUUUGAUGGCAUGGUUUGACUCUAGCAAUCGUGAGAAAGAUUGGUCCUUACGUAAGCACGAAGUGCUCUUUGAUAAAAGAUUAAUGAGCAUGAAACCUACCUCCGAAAUAACUAGAACACCUCAAUCAAUAACACAACGGAGAUUGUGGAAAGGUGCAGAAUACAAAAAUUUUGCUUUAUAUUAUUCUCUCAUAUGUUUAAAAGGGUUAAUGCCAAAUAAAUAUGUACAGCAUUGGUUGUUACUAGUUUACAGUA